AUCCACAUCCACAUCACGCAUCGCCACCGCAAUGCCACCCACCACGCCCCGUGCAGUGGACACAUCCGACCCUACCUUUUCCCCUCAAGCACUGCGCAUCGUUGACCUACGCGCCUUGCUCUCGGGUCAUGGCGUCGUCCUCCCCUCUUCGGCACGAAAGGCUGAUCUAGUCGAGGCAGUCGAGGAGCAUAUAAUGACACCCCAGCGUAUGCGGGCGAGGCGUGGCGAUGGAGCAAAGAUCAAGGCGGAUGAGCAGGAGGAAGACGAUAGCGAAGAAAUGGCCAAUUUUUCGCACGAGAACCCUUUUCAGGCUUCACCCAGCUUGCACAAGGGGAAGCGACAGCAGCAGCAGCAGCAAGGGCCGAGGAAGAGCGUCCCCACCGCUUCGACUUCGCGACCUUCUUCCAGCUCAGGCGGUGCAGCGGGUCAGCAGAGGCGCAAGACGAUGGAUCCUUCAGCCAUGGCGGCGAGAAAGCCAUCCACAUCCACGUCCAACGGGAUCGCGCGCAGCUCCUCCUCUUCAUCGAAGCGCGCACCAUCCUCCUCCUCGUUCAAGGCCAAAUCGGCAGCAUUCGACUCUUCUCCACCCCACUCCCCCUCAUAUACCUCCUACGUUGACCCCUCCAUCGCAGCGGGCGGCUCACCCGAAGGAUGGUCCUCUCCCACCGAGGAGAAAGAAAGAGCUCCCCUCGACACGCGCAAGCCUGCGCACGCACAGCGCUCCUCUCCUCUGCUCGCCUCGAGAAGGAAGAGUGCCCGCAAGCUAAGCAUCACCCGCCCGCAUCCGCCAAGGGACGCAGUGGCCAUCAUCGCCACCAUUGCACGAUACGUUGUCGCCCUUCUAAUGGCUGUAUGGUACCUUUGGUAUGCGAAGGAAAGCCACGCGAUAGGCUACUGUGACACUGGCACGAGCACGCACACAAAUUCAUACCUCAACCAGCAAGCAGCGCAACGUCAAUUGCGCAAAUCCUCAGACGAUCAGACCCUUGUGGACCUUGUGGUUCCCUCCUUCCUCCAACCAGGCUGCACUCCCUGCCCCGCGCACGCACACUGCUCCAGCGGUGCGCUACUUGGCUGCGAAUCAGACGAAUAUGUGCUUCGCCCUGCGCUCCUCUCCCACCUUCCUGGAGUGGCGAGACGGAGCGUCCCGCAUGGGUGGCAGGCGAGCAGCUGUAGGACGGACAGUCGACGCCUCGAGCUGAUAGAUGAGUUGGCGGAUGAGAUCUUCCGGCGAGUGGCGGGGCAUGUAGGUGGGGUCAUCUGCGGUCGCGCGAAACCGUCGGCGAAGCUGCUCAAGUAUACUUUUGGCACGAAGAAUGCCGCCGCCGCAGGGCCGGAGUGGCGUCGCGCCUUGCUGGCUAGCGAUUUGCGAGCCCAGCUGCGGGAAGCAACGAGGGGUAACGAGGGGAUAAGCGACGAGUACUUUGCCCAUCUGUGGAGUGCAGCAUUGCAGGAGUUGGAGGAUGAGCAUCCCGCGAGCGGCCGCGACUCCGUUUGGCAAUCACUCCUCAUCGAGAACGGGGAGAAUCAGGAUCAGGAACGACUCCUCCUCGUCUCCCUCUCCGCAGCGCGCAUCCCCUUCACCUGCAGGCUACGCCUCUCCUUCUCCUCCUUCUUGCGUCGCAUCUCCGGGCCAGUAGGUCUCCUCUCCCUCCUCCUCGGAACAGCAGCAUGGCUACGCAGCCGUUUCCGUCGGUCGCGCAGUGAGGCCCGGCUGGUCGAGGGUCUAGUGGAAGAGGUGACGACGAGGCUGGCGCAACAGGCCCUCGAAAGUGCUUUGGCCGAUUCCUCCAUUGGUCUUGAAGAGGUGCCCCCUUACUUGCCUGUUCAUCAGCUGCGCGACUCGCUACUUUCCUCCUACAAGAGGGAGUUGGGCAGGGGGAGAGGUCGCGUGGUAUGGACCGCGGUGACGAGGCGAGUGGAGGCGAACAGUAAUGUUCGGACUGGGAUGAAGAGGUGGAAGGGAGAGUGGAUGCGCGUUUGGGAGUGGGUGGGGGUUGUGGGGGGCUCGGGCUCGGGCGCGGGUGCGGGAAGUAGGCCUUCCACGCCUAGGGCUAGUAGGCCGGGGAGUGUGAAGGGUAUUCAGAGUGGGGAGGAGGUGCUGCAGCAGCAGCAUGACGGGGAGGGGCAAGCUGUUGCAGAGGGUGCUGUGGAGAAGGGUGAGUCUGGUGAGCAGCCAGAGAUGCAAGAGAAGGUGGAAGGCAAGGCGUACUUGUGAUGUAGCUUCAGGGCGACGUGGGCUGGGUUGUCUCGAAUUAUCAUUCGCCUAUCCAUCGCUAUCGCUAUCGCUGGCGCCCCUUAGUAGCCUCAGAAGAAGUAGCACGUGUAUAACAACGAUGGUAUUGAUCGAGAGGAAUGUGAAUAUGUAUCUGGCACGCAG